UGAGGAGAAUCAGGCUAUUUCAAGAUGCAUGGACUGUGAUCAUUUCCUCUGUCAAGAAUGUCAAAAGGCACAUGGACGUAUGACUUUGAUGAAAUCUCACAAAAUCUACACACUGGCUCAACUUCGAUCAGGAGAGAUUGUCUAUAAGAGUAAACUAAGAGAAGAAGUUCCCAAAUGUGGCAAGCAUCCAGAUCAGAAUCUCAAUGUCUACUGCGACACAUGUGAGCAAGUCAUAUGCCUAGCGUGUACUGUUCUCCAUCAUGGGAAUCAAAAACAUUCCCUCAUCGGCCUAUCUGAGGCUUUUGGAAAGUGUAAGAAAAAAGUUGAAGAACUUGUCUCGAAAGUUAGUAAGAGUAAAACAGAACUGAACACCACCAUAGAGAAGACUUGCACAACUCGCAAGAAACUUGACAAUGUGUUUGCAAACACCAAGAAGAAAAUCUCAGAAAAAGCUGACCAAGAGGUUGCCGUGAUCCGACAGGAGGAGCAGAAAUUGUUAAAAGAGACUGACAGGAUUUAUAAAGAGAGAGUCACAAUGUUUGAAGCUGCUCAAGCCAAUAACAGCAAAGAGGUGACGCAGACAGAGCACAAGCUGGAGGAGGUCAAACAACUCAUGAAUCAACGAGCAAGGAUGACAAGCUCCUUGUUCUAG